AUGUAUGAAGUACUCAAAAACAAAAUUCGUGAGUUAGAGGGAGGAAGCACAACUGUUGCUGACAGUGCAAGUGAGGAUGAUGAUAUUCCAUUAAAAAUGCUAAUACAGGAGACAACUGCAGAAACACCGAAUACCUCACGAGAUAUGUUCUGGCAGACGUAUGAACAUUUUGCAGGUGAAGGGACAUCUGGAAAUUUCCAACGAAAACGGGAGCACCAAUCAGUAAAUACACUAGACAAGGAAAUUAAUGCGUAUGCCAAUCUACCAGUGAUUGCAAGAUUUGACAAUCCUGUUCAGUGGUGGAAUGAUAAUAAAUUGCGAUUUGCCAAACUUUUCCCACCAGCUGCCAUAUAUUUGUCGGCACCAGCUGGGAGUGUAGCGAGUGAACAAGUUUUUCCUGAGGCAGGCAACAUUUAUGAUGCCAGACGAAGCAGGUUAACACCUGAUAGGGCGGAAGCUUUAUUAUUUGUACACCACAAUUUGCCUAAGUUAAAUUUUAAGUAUUAA